GUUCUUUCUUCAACCCAUCAUCUCAAUUCAACAGCAGAGACGCAGAGACAAACUGAACAGGAAGACAUUCCAAUAGACCGGCCAUUAGAUUAAUAGACGGCAAGACAUCAACGAUGAGUGAUUAUAACAAACUGUAUUCAGCCAAGGCAUCACCGCCUCUUGUGCAGAUGAUCCGCACUUACUGGAGGACACGGCGGUACCUGUUCCUCAUCCCUGCAGUGUUGUUAUUCUGGACUUUUUUCUUAUUCAUCUCACAUCUUACUUCAUAUGAUGAUCCUGAGUUUACGCUAGAAAAGACAAUUCAGGAAGAUGAAAGUCAAUUACUAUCAACCUACGAACGUAACCCAACACCUUACAAACCUAUUAUUCUCAAUGCUCUCCCGCCUCAAGGAGACGCUUACAAAUGGCCACCGAAUAUUCGUAGACCUCUCUGUAUGCCCAAGAUUUUUGUCUAUGCCGACAAUAUCAAGAUGGGAGAAUUUCAAAUGACAUUAUCAUUAAAAGAAGGGAAAAUGUCAACGUCAUCGCCAUCGUCGAUGGAGUCUUUUUACAGAUCAGAGCAAAUUCUUUUGGAACAACUAAGAGACAAGACGUCUUCGAUCUACAAGAGUUAUGUGACUGAGAAUCCUGAGGAAGCUGAUUUCUUUUUCAUUCCAUUCCAGGGAGCCAAAUAUUUGACAGAUUGUUGGAAUAGCAAGGGUAUCAAAGCAGGGGCAGGAGCGAUACAAGAGCAAGAAGAUUGUGAUGUGGACAGGAAAUAUGCAGAGCAGAUGAUGGAUUAUAUUCAAAAAGAUAAUCCCUAUUGGAACAGGAGUCAAGGACGAGAUCAUAUUAUGAUUCAUCCUAUGGAGAAGGCAUCUCUGUAUUAUAAACGAACUAGUGAUCGAAUGCAGAACGCCAUCUUUUUGACGACUGUUGGAGAUAAACGAACGGACCCUUUUAUUAAUGGAAGACGAUUCAGACGUUAUGGAGAUAUUGUGAUCCCUGCGAGUACAGCCUUAUUAAACCAGGGUGGGAAGGGGUCCAUGGCUGGUGCUGGUGUAAACCCUGCAGAUCAUUUGACAGCGGAUGGAUUUUCAAAGACAGGUGCAAAAAGGGAUAUACUGAUGAUAUUUGGAGGGGAUUAUGAGAACGUGAAUCCCACGGAUGACUAUUCAGGCGGGAUUCGAUCCUUGCUUUUCAAUGGAUUAGAUCAACAGCCAGAUUAUUCAUUUUCGAGUCGAGGAUGGAGUUCAUCUGAGUACAUCAACCUGUUGAAGAGAUCACGCUAUGGAUUUGCUCCCCAAGGAGGAACCACACUAGAUACACCUCAGAUAUGGGACUAUAUAGCCUUUGGAGUGGUACCAGUGGUGGUUGCAGAUGGGAUUAUUGAACCGUUUGAGGAUGAUAUGGAUUGGGAUAGUUUUAUUGUCAGGAUCCCACGUGAAGAAGCACAUCGCGUUGAUUUGAUUUUGAGAUCGAUUUCUGAACAAGAGUAUGAACAAAAACGAAAGAUGGUUUGGGAGCAUGGCCGACAGGCCUUGUUGACAGAAGAUGCUUGGCAUUUGAUUGUAAGGGCGCUUUGUCGAAAGGGAGAUCUAGAGGAUAAACAGACCAUUGAUCGGGAACGCCAUGUGCCGUUGAACAGAGACAUUACUGUUUAAGAACAAAAGUAUAUGUAUAAUAGACAAAGCACGGAAAGGAAGAGAAAGAAGAAAAGAG